ACGCUUCUUGAGCUCUGUCAGGUUUGGUCAUCUGUUUUUUCAGGAAAGAGGCAUCAGUCCUAAAAUGAGUAACAGUGGUUAGCAGUAAGAGGAGAAUAUUUAAAAGGCCUUUACAUGGAUCACAAAUUAAUUUGUCCUUCACCCUUUUUUCUUCCAUCCAGAGGCAACUGCCAUGGUGCAGAAUACUUGGACUGCAGGAGAUCCUUGUACAGUGUCUGUGCCAGGCAUUCCUGAGUGGUGCUGGUCCCUGCAAUGCACAGGCAGCUUUAUCCUGUCUCCAUCCACAGACUGCAAUCUCUACAACAAGGACAGAAACACCACCUGACAAAAGAUGGCUGAGCACGUCGUGGUGAUCCAAACCGUCCACACAACUGCCAGGACGGGUGCAUGUACCAAACAGAAAGAAGUUGGGAACCAGUGGACUACUUUUCAUUACUGCCUUCUCAGGUCUCAAAGGGUGCAGUGCAGAGAGAAGCAAAAGUGUGGGAGGGAAAACAAUGGUCCAGAGCAUCACGUCACUGAGUAGCCAAGUUGGGAAUCCCUCCUGAAUCAAUCCUGCCUCCGGACAAAGCUGCUCCUUCCUUGUGUGGACUACAGAUGCCCACACCAGAGCAAUUACCAUCUGGGAGAUGCUGACUGGCUGGAAGAACCUGUUCAUUCUGGGUCUGUAAUGGAGUCUGUGAGGAGCUCAGCUUCCUGGUGUGGAAGAAGGAGAACUUCCUUGUCAACAACUGAGAAGAUUCUGAUGAACUCCAAGGCUCGUUUUACACCUGGAAGUGCCAUCCUAAGUGCGUGCACAGCAUGAGGUGGAGCCUCGAGAUGGGAGUGAGGGACAGCAGAGAGGUGGAACAAAGCACCAGCAACCAGCCCAGGAUGUUCAGUGAAUCCAUGAGCAGAAGCAGCUUAAUUCUGAAGAGAGAAGACCUUUUAAACUAAAACCCUGGGAUGUCACUGAAGGAAAUGUAAAAGCCAAACAUUUGGACAAUUUGGAAACACAUUUGAGGGUUUUUUUCUCAAGUUGAAAUAACUGUCUGAACUACCCUCACCUGCAAAAAGUUAAAUGGGCAUUUUCCCACCAGCCCCUUCCCCUUCCCAAGGCCAUUGCACAGGGAGUUUCCCAGCUGGCCUGUGUUAGGUGGUGGAUAGAUGUAGAGAUGGGGGGGCAAAUGAGGUGGAGCCUCAUUAGCAGGAGCAGCCUGAACCACUGUGAGACUUCACAUGGACUCAUGAUUUUAAUUGUCCCGGGGCACAAGCCCUGUUUUGGCUCCAGGAUUUCAUCCUCCUUCCCAGUCACCACCAUCGUGAUCCCUCGGGAGCUGCUUCAAAGGCACGUGGGUCCCGUGGGACACUGAAGAUACAGAUGAGCUUCUAUUACGGCCUUCAGAAGCAUCUGGGGUGAUUAACAGCCUGCCUCCUGAUGGGGCCUUUAACCACAUGGAAAGCAAUUCCUGCUGCUGUCAUUCAGCUGUGAGCCCUGAGUCAUGGUGCAGAUGGGGCCACUGUGCUGACCAGGAGCACUGUGGGCACCACAAGCUGGCAGAGAUGACCAGAAAGAGCAGGAGCUGAAGAACAGCGUGGCCAGGACUCAACUCUACAAACCAGAACUGAGCUGGCUUUGGCCAUGGGUGGAUGGAAACCGCUGAAAAACAACUUCUACACAAACACUGUGAAAGGCAGCAACUGGCUGAUGGGGAGGACUCUCCAAAGCCACAGAAGGAAGUUACCUACUAAAGCCUCGACACCGCCAGGGACGCUGAAUGAGGAGGAGGUGGCUGUGCUGUGGACAAGACUCCAUGGAGAAAUAUCUGGUAUCGUACUGCAAGGAUACGGGAAAGAGCUGUACGAGCCCUCGGAGCCACAGCAGCAGCAGCAGCAGCCUCGCCCCCACCCUGGGAACAAGCCUCGGAAGCAGUUGCAGCGGGAAAAAGCCCUCCAGCAGCAAUGCCAGAGGCUGGGACUGCAGGGUGGGGCAGCCCCUGUCACUCCAGAGCAGUUGCUCUCUGCACCAAAGCACAAGCCCUGUCACCCUCAGCAGCCAGUGCCAGCUCCUCGUCCUCCUCCUGCUGGAGAUCAAAGGCAAAGUGACAGCCGGGAUCAGCAGGAGGAGGUGACACCUUGCAAUGGCAGGGAGAGUGCCCAGCCCCGCCCUGCACAGCCCAGCGCCCAAGUGGAGAGAAAGAAAGUGGAAUUGCAGGAGAAAUCCCGAUGGGAAAUCCUGCAGCAGGAGCAGCGGCUGAUAGAGGAGAAGAACAAGCGCAAGAAGGCUCUGCUGGCCAGAGCUAUUGCUGAGAGAUCCAAAAGAACUCAAGCUGAAACAGUGAAACUGAAGAGGAUUCAGAAGGAGCUGCAGGCUCUGGAUGACAUGGUGUCUGCUGACAUUGGCAUCCUGAGGAACCGCAUCGACCAGGCCAGCCUGGAAUACUCCCAUGCCCGGAAGCGGUACGAGAAGGCGGAGUCGGAGUACGUGGCGGCCAAGCUGGACCUGCAGCACAAGACGGAGCUGAAGGAGCAGCUCACGGAGCACCUGUGCACCAUCAUCCAGCAGAACGAGCUCCGCAAGGCCAGGAAGCUGGAGGAGUUAAUGCAGCAGCUGGAUGUGGAGGCAGAUGAGGAAAAUCUGGAACUCGAGAUCGAGGUGGAGCGGAUGCUGCAGCAGCAGGAGGCAGAAGCAGCAGGACGAGGCAGCCAGUCACACAGUCACGCUGGGACAGCGAAGGAGAGCCCCACUGCCAGUGGUGCAGGGCGGGAGGGCGAGCGUGCCAACCAUGCUGCUGCUUCUCCUGCUGUUUCUGAACAGUCUCAAAACUCUGGCACCAAAUCCCUCUCCAGUAUGGACAGACAAACUCAAGCAGUAGAUGUGACUUCGGAAAGCUCCCCAGCUUGUUCUGCUACAUGACUGCUGGAUGCAGAUGAGCAGUGGUUACUGAUGAUGUACUCUCUGCAGGCUUGUAGGUUAUAUCUGGGCUUUGGCAGUGCCAGUCAUGUGCACUUCAUUUCCCUUUUCCUUUAAUAUUGUUUUCAAAUUUUAAAGGUGCUUUUUAUUUUUUCAUGAGACUCUCAUUUGGGGUUCACCAUCUGUCAUCGUCUCUUCUGGUUUGCGUUCAUGUUCUAAUGCCCGGCUCUUCACGGGCUUUUAUACCUUCCUGAAACAGGACACUUGCAAGGGAACAGUAGGGUUUUUCCAAAGAUUUUCAGCCUGUUGGUGUCACAGAUACCUGUUCUGAGCGGGGUGCAAGAGAUAGGUAUCUACAGGAGAAAACACACCUUGAUCUGCUUCAGAAUGCAUUCUGUCCCCUGGCAUCUGCAAUAGGAUGUUUGUCUUCCUUUGUAUCCAUAAGGGAUUAGUUUUCAACGGUUUCUAAUGCCAUGAAACCCAAGUGCUUACUUUAAUUGCCUUUGUAGAUGAUACUCCUUCCUCGUGUAAAGGAAAUUUGCAUAUCGGGGCAAAUUGCAAAGUCAGUGUUAAUACCUCAUAUUUAUCACUUUGCCUGUUUGUUUCAGAUGAUGCUGGGUCGUUACCAAGCUGUACAUGGAUAAAUCUGUUAUCUGUGGAAUCCCACCAGCUAUGCUUUAACAAAAAUGUGGGUUACAGUUUAAAACCUUGCAGAGAAUGUAGAAGUAGAAACACACAAGAGAGUGUGUUACAUUUAAAGCUGUUCCAUUGCAAACAUUUUCUCCGUUGUAGUUGCCUCAAAGUGCCAAUAAUUAGCCAGGGAUCUUGUAAUAAAUAAUCUCCGCUGUUGGAAAUGAGCCUAUUUUUGUAUAACGUUCAGUGCAUUUUCUUGCUGGAAAAGCAGUUUUGUACCCCACAAAAAGUUCAGCUGGUUCACUCUGUUGCUGUUGAAAGGCUUUAAAGAGCUAUUCCAGGUGGAGAAAGUCUCAGGAAUUAGAGGAGGACGUAGGAAAAUCUCCCAUAGACUGAUUGCAGCUGCAAACCGUGGGGACUUGCACUCAGAGUUAUCCGCUCUGUAACGUGGAAGUGUGGGAAUGGUUUCCUGGAAUACCUGACCCGAACAUGUCGCUCAGAGUUUAUGAAUGAGUUGCAGAGUGACGCCACCGAGUAUAUAAAUGGGACGCUGAUUGUCUCCGUGGCUUUAACAGUGGAAAAGCAUGUCACUACAUUUCGUUUUUAUUCUAUUAAUAAAUCAGUGCAUCUUGUA